GGCGCGUGGCUUUAGGCACCAAAUGUCAUCUCUUUUGCAGGUGCAGACGAUAAUGCGUAAUCCGUUGGGUUGGGUGGUUGAUACAUAUCCAGUUUCGUCGUCUUCCUCUUUCCCUCUAUGCAGCUCCAAGUGUUUAAUCUCGAUCUAGAACAGAACAGAAUUUUGACACCAUGUACCCCGGUGGUUACACUGUUGAAGUGACCAACCUAUCUCCCAGAGCAACAGAGGAGGAUGUUUGGAACUUCUUUGCUCACUGUGGUGCAGUUGAGCAUGUAGAAAUCAUCAGAUCCGGCGAAUCUUCUUGUACUGCAUAUGUGACAUUUAGAGAUGCUUAUGCGCUAGAAAUUGCAAUCUUGCUCAGUGGAGCUGCAAUUGUGGAUCAACGUGUAUGCAUAACACACUGGGGGGCAGCUAUUGGAGAAUAUGAUCCUUGGAAUGGUCAUGUAGCGAAUUUUGAAGGAAAUAAUAGUUCAACGCAGGUCACUCAUGUCAACCAGCUUGUUUCUAGCCCUGGAGAAGCAGUAACCAUUACUCAGGAAGUCGUCAAAACAAUGAUCGCAAAGGGUUACGUUUUGGGGAAAGAUGCAUUAAUAAUGGCCAAAGCUUUUGAUGAAUCCCAUCAUGUCUCUGCUAUUGCAGCAGCCAAGGUUGCUGAGCUUAGCAAGAAAAUCGGCCUCACAGAUAAGAUAAACUCUAGCGUGGAAACUCUCAAAAGCGUGGAUGAGAAGUACCAUGUAUCGGAAAUCUCCAAAUCAGUUGCAUCCGUUACUGGGACAGCAGCUAUAGUGACCGGAAGAACAGCUGCUGCAGCUGCUAACGCUUUCGUCAACAGCCGGUUCUUUGCCGCUGGUGCUCUUUGGGCUUCAGAUGUUUUGAGUCGUGCAGCCAAAGCUGCAGCUGAUAUGGGAACCCGCCCUAAUGAAUAGGUGAAAUUUUCAGUCUACUUGAGCAACACUAUUAUAUGUGUUCUGCUGUUUUUUUUUCUGUGUAGAAUAAUUGGUCGUCUGUUGCAAUAUAAACGAUGGUUCAUAGUGUUGCUUUCUAUGGACUCUGAAUGGUUAAAUGUUUAGCACAUCUCACCAAAACCGAGUGGCAAUGAUGCAAUCAAUAGAUACACAGUUUUUAUUUGA